AUUUUAUCGAGCCGGACUAGAAGAAGUUGCAAUCACUCAAACAAAAAAAAUGUUGUUCCAAGUCGCGUUGUUCGUUGCUGGCUCGGUUACGUAUUCUCUGCUCAGCUUCCUACCCAACCUCGCCAAGGUUGGAAAAACAGAUUUCGCCUUCGAUGCCGCCAGCGUGGUUUUCUUUGCGGAGUUGGGCAAAUUGUUCCUGAGUUUGUUGUUUCUCUUCCGGGAAACGAACAAAUCGCUGCUGCGGAUGUGCCGGGAAAAACUCUUCACCAAAAUGAUGGCGAAGGAGAUUUUGAGUUUCAUGGUGCCCACCGUUUUGUACGCGAUAAACAACAAUUUGGACAUCAUACUCGCAAACCAUAUGGAUGGUGUGACGCAGCAGGUCCUGCUGCAAAACAAAAUUCUUGUGACCAGUCUAGUUUGGUGGGUCGUGUUUCGAAAACACCUGGAGCCUAGGCAGUGGUUUGCGCUGCUUCUCCUGACCGCGGGCAGCGCCAUUGCCGUCAGCAGCGGAGAGCAAGAGAAGGUGAAAGCGAUGGCAGAUGAUGAAAAAUCUUCUUCAGACCACAGUCAGAAGACCACCAAGACCUUCUGUACACCCACGGGCUUUGCGCUCGCGUUUUUCUAUUGCCUCUGCUCGGCGGGGGCGUCGAUUUACUGCGAAUACGUCUACAGACGAGAUGCGAAGCAGAGUGUACACGUGGCGAGCGCAGCGAUGUAUAUCGGAGGGUUGGUCGUCAACAACGGCAUCUACAUGUACAACACUUCAGGAAUUACAGCGUCGGCUUCACCAGAUUCUUCAAAUAGUAUCAAAACUAGCCUGCCCCAAACACGCGUUGAAGAUUUCAAAAUCCCCGAGCUCUUCCUUUUCCGCGGGUGGAAUGUUUUCACGGUACUGGAUUGUGGGAACAAAGCUCUCCUCGGCCUCACGCUGGGGUACGUUAUGCGCUACCUCGGAAACUUACACAAGCUGUUCAUGUUCGGGGCCAGCAUGUUCUGUUCCGCGGUUCUGGGGAUAUUGGCGAGCGUGUUCUUACCAAACCACCCCGCAGUGCACUACAGUCCAACAAUACGGUCAGUAGCCGGGAUGACGAUCGUGUUGGUAAGUUUGGUGCUCUUCAACUAUACGGAGCUGAAGAGCCAAAUUCUGAAAAAUUCCAGGAAGAAAAUGCAGCGAUCAAGCACGCCUACUUCUGUGCGGAAUAAACCCCUAUCGCCGAAAAACAGUGGACCGUCGUCACCGAAAGGUAGUGGAGGUGGUUCUUCGGCAAACGCCGGUUCGUUGACCGGUGGUAGGACGAGUACCACAGGAGGCGGGAGUAAGAAUGCGAUGAAAAUGGACGCUUCGAAGAAGCAGAUGUAAAGCGAAACAACGGGACAGGCCUGAUGAAGACUGAUUUUCACUUUUAUAUUUACGUAAAUGAACACGACAAUUGAUACAAAUCAUUAUAAAGCAGGAGUUUAUAGAUUGUAUAGAAAAAAGAAAAUGCACCAGAACCACGCGGCUACAUGUUGCAAGCGGGUAGCAAGCAAUAAACAAACUU